AUGACCCAACCUCCAAACCAACCCCCGACUCCCUCAAACCAAAGCCUAACAGCCCUCCCCUCAGAACUCCACAUCCAAAUAGCUACCUCCCUCUCCUACCCAGACGCACUAGCCCUAAAACACACCUCCCGCCAUUUCUACAGCCUAGUCUACACUGGCGUGCAUUUGAAAGUCAACUGGCUCGUCGAGCGCUUCGAGCGCAAACUCGAGUGUCCCAUGGAGCAAUGCUCCUUCCGCACGGACGAAUCGUUCUGUAACUGGCGCAUUCGGAGGAUUAUGGACCGCCGCCGACGCCAUUUGGAGUGUCGUGCCACCAGGGCUACUACAUACAACUAA